UAAUCUACGUACUGCUUUAGUUUGCAUAGCGAAGUGCAUCUGAUUUCGAUUUUGGCUUUCGUCAAUCGUCAGGAAACCUCUCCGCAUGGUCUGCAUCGUCUAAAAAAAACAAAACCAGCCAUUACUGGCAGACUGAAGUGUUUGCUGCUGGUGAAACGUUUGUGCAUUCGUAAGGUGCGAUUUUAUGUGCUUCAGGUGCAGGAAAUUUACACAUCAUUGGAGGAGUUCAUUUUUUUGUUCACGCGUUUCCAUCAUAACAAUCAGUGUUUGCUGUCAUGUUGGCCAUAUCGUCUUGUGGUUGAGCGGGGCAGCCAUCCAUAGCCUAACUCAGUGACACACCAUUCAAGUUGUUGCCGAUUAGGCUUACCUGGUGUCAGAAUUAUUUUACUGCUUCAAAGCUGUCACCAAUCAUGGCUGGAAACGAGGAUCUUCCACCCCAGCAGAUGGCGCAACGCAAGAGGAAAGCAGUCUCCGAGGACGGAGAGGAUGAAGAUACAAGUCCCAGCAAGUUCUCACGAAAUGACGAGGACAAACCCGACAAAGAGAGGUUUGCAAGGGAGAACCACAGUGAGAUUGAGCGGCGCCGACGGAACAAGAUGACGGCCUACAUCACAGAGCUGUCGGACAUGGUGCCUACCUGCAGUGCCCUCGCUCGGAAGCCCGACAAGCUCACCAUCCUGCGGAUGGCCGUCUCACACAUGAAGUCAUUACGGGGAACGGGCAAUACUAGCACGGCUGGUACCUACAAGCCGUCCUUCCUGACGGAUCAAGAGUUGAAACAUCUUAUUCUUGAGGCGGCCGACGGUUUCCUAUUUGUAGUUUCGUGCGACAGCGGGCGAAUCAUCUACACAUCAGAUUCAGUCCUCCCAGUCUUGAAUCAGACACAGAGUGACUGGGUAGGGACGUCCAUCUUUGACCUCAUCCAUCCCGACGAUGCGGAUAAAGUGAGGGAGCAACUCUCGACAACAGAGUCACCGACCAGUGGGAGGAUCCUGGACCUGAAAACUGGCACAGUCAAGAAAGAAGGACACCAGUCCUCCAUGAGAUUCUGCAUGGGCUCGAGGCGCGGUUUCAUCUGCCGCAUGAAGUACGGCAAUGCCCAGUUGGACCCCAUGACUAUGGGACGCUUCAACCACAUCCGGAACCGCAACAGCAUCGGGUCCAAGGACGGCGAGCAGUACGCGGUGGUGCACUGCACGGGCUACAUCAAGAAUUGGCCCCCACCAGCAGCUUCCGUUGUCAUGGACCAGCCGGAGGCGGACUCAGAGAGCCAUGGCAACAACCACUACUGCCUGGUUGCCAUAGGCCGUCUCCAGACCACCAGCACGCCGAAUUGCUCUGAUCUCGGAGGGGCAGGCACGCCCAAUGAGUUCAUCUCCAGACACCAGCCAGACGGCAAGUUUACUUUCGUGGACCAGAGGGUGACAGGAGUGCUCGGAUACCAGCCCCAGGAACUAUUGGGCAAGUCCAGCUAUGACUAUUACCAUCCAGAGGACCAGGCACAUCUGAAAGACAGUUUUGAACAAGCUGUGAAGUUGAAAGGUCAAGUGCUAUCCUUGAUGUACCGUUUCCAAGCCAAGAAUAGGGACUGGGUCUGGUUGCGGACCAGCUGUUUCAGCUUCCAGAAUCCCUAUACAGACGAGGUGGAGUACAUCAUCUGUACGAAUGCCUCCGUCAAAAACAUCCAGCAGCCUCAUGCCAGUCAAGAGCUAGAAACGUCCACCUCUGCCAUGGGAGCCAAAGUCAAAGGUCCUGGAGAACCUGUUCCUUCCCUGACACCUUACGGGGCCUACCCCAGGGGCAACACCACUGAGGCCCUGAGCGAGAGGCACCAAGGGGCUGACAAGAGCUCCCAGGAGUGCAAGUCGGAACCGGUGGGCCGCUUCCAAGCCGAGAGCGGCGGGGUGUACGGGGGUGUGAUGUCACCCCCGCAGGGUGGAGUCAUGCCCAGCAGCGCAGGAGGCGGGGACAAACAGAGCCGAUCGCUGGGCGGUGGGGCUGGGUUCAGCUCUGGGUCCUACCCUCAGGUGAGGGCGCCGCAGUCGUACAGCAGGCCUGACGAGGCAGCAGCAGCGGGUGGCGCCAAGGGGCUGGGCGUGAUGGAAGACUCCACCAAGAGUUACAGCCAGACUGCAGCCUCGUGGACGGCACCCCAGUACAACUCGCAGGUUGAGGCCGCGCAGCGUAGCGAGAGGUUAAACGUCCCCACAACCAGCCAGACUUCAUCUUUCGGUCAGGCACCUAGUAAUGUGACGUCAUCCCCGGCUCCGACGUACACCCAGCUGCAGACUACCAGUGGCCGGAACUCGGGCUACUCUUACCAGCAAGACAAAGGAGUUCAAGGUGGCCCUAACUCCCAGAUGUCCUACAGCAGUCGCCCCGAGGCCCAGCACCCCCAGGCUGUAGGUCGUCGAGACCCCGCCAUGUGGCAGCAGUGGCAGCAGCAAGCUGCCGGUGUGGCCGGGGCCAGUACCGGCCAACAGGACAGCCAACAGCCAGCGCCUGAAGAGUUCCACGACAUCUACCGCAUGCUAGAAGGCCAGCAGGCCACCCAGGCCUACGGCACCCAGGUGGAGGAGUUCAACGACAUCCCCAUGUUCCCCCCGUUUUCGGAAUAGCCCAGCUCACGGUGACCCCGUAACCCCAACCUUGCGACAUCCUUCAAAAUCUGCCAGGGUGCUUGGCAGGAUUUUGCAGGAUUGAGGCCAGCCACUUAAUACUUGACAUGGGUCUUGCCUAAGCUUGAAGUGCCGUGCAAAGAGUGAGUCAUUGGUUUCCUGCACUUUGCAAAACUUCCAAGGGUUCUGGGAGUGUCUUUGCAACAAAACUUGAGGGGUAAAUGUUUAUGUUGGAGAGAUCAUGUUGAAGAGAAUCAAUUGUAGAAUUUCUAAACUAUCUCCAGAAUGUUUAUGUAUAUUGGUGUUUGAAACCGUAUUCUGGGCUGCACAGUUUACACAACAUGAAAGGAGGAGCCCCAUUGGAUGUCACAAUGGGAGGUGAUGAUUGGUUGGCUGUUCAUGUUUGAAAUUUGGGAAAGUAGUGGCCUGCUGAAUUUGAUAAUUGACUGGUUCUACCGCUUAUCGUCACAUCCCAUUCCAAAUUUUCCAGGGAAGAGAAGCCCACCCUCUGUUAUUGAUGAAGAGACAGGUGUAAGGUUGAAUGACUCCCUUGGUUUCAGUUUCUGGCAGAUUGCCAGGCUUGUCAUGCAUAUUCAUCAAUGGGGUUGAACAGGCUCUCUAGAAUCGUCACUUGUGUCACAUGAACACACUGCCAGGUAAUUGAUCUGAGGUUGAUUGGAACUGGGUCUUAACUUUUUAGCAACAUUCAUGGAAUAAGUUUGAUUUUCGAUAAGAGUAUUGUUGGCUGAAAAUUCGACUUGUUAAAAGGCAACAUGAAUGACCUGAUCAUUUAUAUGCAGACAAAUGCCAUAAAUACUCUUGAAGUCAUUCGUUUACAACAUUUGUCCAAUAGUUCACAGCGUAACUCAGAUUUUUGUCACACAGAAGCGCCGCCAUGGAGCAAUAUUUGUUACAAUGCUGGCCAACUUCAGGCUCAACACACAGUGUGUUUCUACAGCCUUCCUGGACAUCAUGCAUAAUUGUGUGAACAGAGAAUGAAUGGGGAUUGGGCAUGUAUGCACAUUGGCUGUUGGAUGCCCAGAGAAUGGUUGGCAUAUUAACUGGUCAACUGCCUUCUACAAAUAUAGAUUGCCUGAUAGUGUUUAUACUGCUUCCAGUGUAAACUUGUGAAGAAAAAUUGGUUUAAAUUGGGAAAAAUGUCUAGUUGAUCUUGGAACAUUGUGUGGUGUUGGCCACCCACCAGCGCCGCCUCCUUAGAAAAGGAGAAACAGAGUAAUAGGAAUUCCUUCUCCCGGGCACCUGACGCUCAUAGGACGACGGUACCUCCCAACAUGCAUCAGUUUCACUGCAAAAGCUUGCUAAACUGUGAAUGUGUACGUGGUGAAUUCCCAUCAAAGGAGCAUCACGGUGCACAAGUGUACCAUUUACCUUCUUGCAUGGAGCGGAGUGGUUAUCAGCAUCUCAACCAACCUUAGGGUGGCCCCAAACCACGGACCACACCAGAUCAAGCUGGUAGUGUUUGCAAGUUUAUCGACAGUAGUAAACCUGAUUGUAUUCUAUGGUACUUCUAGUGAAUGAAAUCAUGGAAAAUUUAAAGAUCAGAUCAGCGAUGGAAUUGCCGAAAAUUGAGCGAUGGAUUAAGCAGGUGCUUUACGGCUCCCUCACAAAAGCACAGUACAUCCGAGGACCAGUCGCAAAUACCAGUCGUUUUUCAUCAGUGUAGCUGGUAAUGACUUAAGCUCGGAAGAUGGAGUUGAAUUCUAUCAAAUUGGUAUGAGAAACUUUGUCAGCAGACAUGUAAAAACACUCACAUAAUGUGCAGGCUGUCAGUUUCAGGGAACUAGAACUUGGAAUGGUGUGUGUGGCCAUUUGUACUUUGUACGAAUUUAGAUUUUGAAUUUUGGUGCGUCUUGAAUAUUGUUAGAAGGUACCGGUAAUUUCGACAUCAAUUUUGCAUCAACUGUUGCUCUUAGAAAAUUUUUUUACAUAGGAAUUGCAAAAAAAAAUAAAAUAAAUAAAUAAACAAAAUAAAUUCAGAUUUACAUGUACAUGUACCUUUGUGUUGUAGUUUUGUUUUGGUGUGUAGUUGCAAACGCAGUUUGUAUGAAUGUAAAAAUUACUGUUACCAUUUUGUGAAUCAUUUUUUCAAAAAAAAAAAAACUCCCAGACCGAAGGUUUAAUUAUGUGGUGUAAAGUGAAAGACUAGCAAAGCUACAUGCCCCUUUUAAAAGGCUCUCAUUUUAUCUUUAGCUCUUUAUGAGUUGUUGUGGAAUGCCGAACAAAGCGAACUGUGUGUAUGUAAGUUUUAACCACUGUGUGCGUUAAUUUAUAUAAUGGGUUUUUGCCUUUACGCAACGUAUAUAUUAAUAAACACUGUGUGCUUGUCCGAGAGCU